AUGGCAGAACUUUCUGAGCCAGAAGGACCUGAAGACUGGAAAGAACGAUGUGUAACUCUGGAGUCCCAGCUCAUGAAAUUUAGAGUUCAAGCAAGCAAAAUACGAGAGCUCUUAGCAGAGAAGAUGCAACAGCUUGAGAGACAAGUUAUUGAUGCUGAGCGUCAAGCAGAAAAAGCUUUUCAGCAGGUACAAGUUAUGGAAGAGAAAUUAAAAGCAGCUAAUAUUCAAACCAGUGAAUCAGAGACCAGGUUAUAUAAAAGAUGUCAAGAUCUGGAGUUUCUAAUGCAGGAAAAAGACGACACCAUUCAAAACUUGGAACUGCAACUUGAAGAGCAGAAACAAAUAAGAAUACAAGAAGCUAAAAUAAUAGAAGAGAAAGCAGCUAAGAUCAAAGAAUGGGUAACAGUUAAGUUAAAUGAGCUGGAAUUGGAGAAUCAGAAUCUUCGUUUGAUCAACCAAAACCAAACUGAAGAGAUAAGAACAAUGCAGUCAAAACUACAAGAAGUUCAAGGAAAGAAGUCGUCCACUGUCUCUACAGUAAAGCUGUCGGAAGGCCAGCGCCUGAGCAGUUUGACCUUUGGGUGCUUUUUAUCUAGAGCAAGGAGCCCUCCUCAAGUAGUAAAAUCUGAGGAAAUGAGCAAGAUAUCAGUUAAAGAACCCGAGAUCACUGAAGGAAAAGACAUAGAAGAAAUGGAAAUUCCGGAAAAGUCUGCUGAUAGCCAAGCUCUAGAAAACAACAGAGGCCAGAGAACAUUGCAUCAAACCCCUUGUGGCUCAGAACAGACUCGGAAAACAAGAACAAGCUUUGCAACGGAUGGUGGCAUGUCCCAGAAUUCUGGGGCUCCGGUGAGUGACUGGAGCUCUGAUGAGGAAGACAGGAGCAAAGGGAGGUCCAAGUCCAGGUGCACAUCCACCCUUUCCAGUCAUACGUCCGAAGAAGGCGUCCAAUGUAGCAGGAUGGGGAGCGAAACGUAUCUGACAGCAUCUGACGACAGCAGUUCUAUAUUUGAAGAAGAGACUUUUGGCAUAAAGAGACCAGCACACAAGAAGCUGUAUUCUUGGCAACAGGAGGCACAAUGGAAAGCUCAGAAUAGUUCUCUCGGAAAGGGAAAUUCUGAAUCAAGUAAAAAGGAGCAAGAUAGUUCCUCGGAUGAACUGAAUAAAAAGUUUCAGUCUCAGAGACUAGAUUAUUCAUCUUCAUCGAGUGAGGCCAACACACCAAGCCCUAUUUUGACCCCAGCUUUAACUCCAAAGUAUCCCAACUCACUUUCUGGAAAAGGAACACAGUUAGUGCCUUCAUCAAACCUGCCAACCCCAAGGUUAAGGAUUCCUAAUGUUUUCAGUAUAAAUGUAGCACUAGCCAAAAGGCACUUAAGCCAGCCGCAGUUAAGUUCCGACAGGAUGUUCGGUACCAACAGAAAUGCUAUAAGCAUGAUCCGACCACUAAGACCUCAGGAAACUGAUCUUGAUCUGGUUGAUGGUGACAGUACAGAGAUUUUAGAGCAUAUGGACACAAGUUGUGAUGAUGGAUUGUUUUCCUAUGACUCCCUGGAAUCUCCAUGUUCAGAUGACCAGGAAUCCUGUGACUCUGCAAAGAAGGUGGCAUGCAGCAAACCCCCGACUCCGCCCCUGCACCGUUUUCCUUCUUGGGAAAGCAGAAUUUAUGCUGUAGCCAAAUCAGGCAUUCGAAUGUCUGAAGCUGUCAAUAUGGAGAAUGUUAAUAAGAAUUCUGUUGCGAUGCUUUCCUAUACCACCUCGGGACUGUACACAUCUCUAAUCUAUAAGAACAUGACAACCCCUGUGUAUACAACUCUGAAGGGGAAGGCAACGCAGAUAAGUAACAGCCCUUUCCUGGAUGACUCAUCUGGGUCAGAGGAAGACGACAGCUCCCGAUCCAGUUCCCGGACCUCAGAGUCAGACACCCGCAGCAGGAGUGGGCCGGGCAGCCCCAGAGCCAUGAAACGAGGUGUGUCUCUCUCCUCUGUGGCUUCUGAAAGUGACUAUGCUAUUCCUCCCGAUGCUUACGCCACAGACACAGAGUACUCACAGCCAGAGCAGAAGCUCCCUAAAACGUGCUCAUCUUCCAGUGAAAAUGGGAAAAAUGAACCACUGGAAAAAUCUGGCUAUUUAUUAAAAAUGAGUGGUAAAGUCAAGACUUGGAAGCGGAGGUGGUUUGUUCUUAAAGGUGGUGAAUUACUGUACUACAAAUCUCCGAGUGAUGUCAUUAGAAAACCCCAGGGCCAUAUUGAACUUAGUGCAUCCUGCAGUAUUUUAAGGGGCGAUAAUAAACAAACCGUUCAGGUACUUAAUUUUUCUUUUAACUUUUUUUAA